AUGCGCUGGAGAGCCAGGGCUCAAUUGUUGCGUUUGUUGUGUGUACAGGCUCAGUACUACGGUCCGAUAUCGAUCGGCAACCCGCCGCAGACGUUCAAGGUGGUGUUCGACACGGGCUCCUCCAACCUGUGGGUGCCCUCCAAGAAGUGUCACUACACCAACAUCGCCUGCUUGCUGCACAACAAGUACGACAGCACCAAGUCGAGGUCCUACCGCAAGAACGGCACUGAGUUCGCCAUCCACUACGGCUCCGGCAGCCUCUCCGGGUUCCUGUCCACAGAUGACGUCAGCGUGGGCGGGGUCCGAGUCAGCGCGCAGACAUUCGCCGAGGCCAUGUCGGAGCCCGGCCUGGCCUUCGUGGCUGCCAAGUUCGAUGGGAUCCUGGGCAUGGGAUUCAGCAGCAUAUCGGUGGACGGCGUGACGCCGGUGUUCGACAACAUGGUGUCGCAGGGGCUCGUGAAGCCGGUGUUCUCCUUCUACCUCAACAGGGACCCCAAUGCCGCUGCGGGCGGGGAGCUGAUCCUGGGCGGGUCGGACCCGGCGCAUUACCGGGCGCCCUUCACCUACGUGCCGCUGGAGCGCGCCGCCUACUGGCAGUUCCGAAUGCAGACUGUCAAGACUUCUACCAACCGCGUGUUCUGUGCCAACGGUUGCUCGGUGAUCGCGGACACGGGGACUUCCCUGAUCGGCGGCCCCAGCGCCGAGGUGGAGGCCCUCAACCAGGCGCUCGGGGCUUCCCCCAUGGCCUUCGGGCAGUAUGUGUUCGACUGCAGCAUGAUACCCAAGCUGCCCUCCGUCACCUUCACCAUACAGGGAACCGAAUUCAAGCUCAACGCCACCGACUACGUGCUCAGGGUGGCCCAGUUCGGUAAGACGGUGUGCCUGAGCGGGUUCAUGGGUCUGGACAUCCCCCCCCCCAGCGGUCCGCUGUGGAUCCUGGGCGACGUGUUCAUCGGCAAGUACUACACCGAGUUCGACGCGCAGAACCAACGCAUCGGCUUCGCGCAAGCCGUCUGA